ACUGUGAAUGAUUCGUUCGUCUCUGCCUGGGAGUCUGUAUCGUUUCUCUGACGGAACGCGAUACGGAAAACGAACCGAGAUUGUCCCUCGGGAAACGACCGGUAAAUCUUGCCCACGGGUCACCCGCGAACAGGACAAGACAAGGGGGAACGUUCGUCGUGGCGAAGGUGUGUCCGGUGGGCGAGAUUUGUACGUUGGCUGUCCGAUUGGGUAUCGGUGGAUCGAAUUGACCGUCUUUGACGCGUCGAAUUCGGUGAGAGAUGAGAAACGCGUACCGUGAUAUCCCCGUGGCCUUUGCGAGAAACGCGAUUUCAAACGGGCCUAAUCGGUGCGGCGUAAGUCUAAAUUGAAUCGUAAUUGCGAAUCGGAACGUUGCGGAUCGUGUCUCGCCGACACGACGGAGCCAGCCGAUCGGAUCGAUGAACAGGGACUAGUCCCGGUCCGUGGAAUUUCGUGCAAUAACGAGGUUGCAAGAGGCGAUAUGCGAGCGUAGGGAAACGACGAUGACAGAGCUGAAUGCGACGAAGGUCGAGACCCCGACCGGCACGAUGAAUCUCGUAUCGACGAUAUCCUCGUCGCCACCUAGCGCGGUGGUCGCAGCCGCGAUUAGCGCCGGCACAGCGAUCCCGACUAAUCCGUCCACGACGGUAACGGCUGGAGAUGCGGUCACCAGCACCGCCAAACCCGACCAUCAAGUCUAUAACACGACCGGGAACCUCGUGGAACAUGACGAGCUCGAUCACAGUAUACUCGCUGGUUUCUCAGAUAUACAGACAGUAUUCCUUGCGUGCAUCUCGACGCUGUUGCCUCUGAUCGUUGCGCUGGGAAUUGCCUUCGGCGUUAGACACGUGUGGAGGAAAUAUCGGAACAGACGAGACAGCUCGAGUGGAUUGCCCUGGUACAGGAGUGUCUGCUCUCGAGACAAUACGGCCGAAUCCUUGCGUCAUCGGCCCCACUCGGGAAGCACGACCAUUCAGUCGGCCACGAGAAUUCUCUCCGCGCAAAACCUGGUGAACGGCCUCGAUGGACCCAGGUACAUUUGCGAGACCGAGGUCAUGGAAGAAGCGAACGUAGCCAACGCGGUCCCGAUGGAGUAUACUCCACCAGGGAAUCAUACUAGCAAGAACGCCAAUGGGAACAUCAUCACUCUCACCCUCAAGAACAACCAGCUUAUCGUGGAAUCCGAGGAACGGGCAGUGACGAUGGAGGAUACUAAAACUCGCAAGUACCAAGACAACGGAUGCUCGUUCGUGGUGGAGGUGCAGCCCAGCUACCAGAACGACGACACGGAGGCUAACAAAGGAUCCUCCGACGACAUGACUGCUGGCGUCACCGAUCAACAGGCCCUGGUUCACAGAGAAGAAAUUCCAGAGGAUCGAUCGCCGGGUUUCGAGAACACGAGGCUAUUCGGGAGCACAAACACGGGACUGUCGCAGUCGGAUCUCUCGAUCUCUAGCCAAGGCUCGGUUAAUCCCAGCUAUCGUUAUGGAAAUCAACUAGAGUACGAUGCGGGCCAUCUGGGGUAUCCGAUGUACGGUGGUAAUUACGAGUCCGAUACGCUGUCCCGGAAACUCGAGGGUGGCUCGAAAUGGGUGGAGUUCGAUAAGUCGCCGGACACCGAGAAGACGCUCUUGAACGUCUCGAAAACGUCCAGCAUCGAGAAGGACGCUGAUGAAAGCCCGUCGAUGGCGGAGAAGCAGAACAACCUGGACGCGUCGCAGGGAUCCGGGGGAUCGAUGGACCAGCAGGACUCGACGGACGCGAGCAUCUCGACGGAGACGGUACGGUCGAACCCCAACCUCCAAGCGAACGGCGCCACCCCCAAUAAGCUGGAGACGACGGAACAGAAGGCGGUGAGCAACGAGUUUGGGAAAUCGGAGGCGAGCAACAAGCCCGUGAUAACCGGGGCGUUGCUGAAGGACGACGUACAGGAAGACACGUUCCAGGAACAGCAGCGAAAGCUGGGCAACGGGACCCUUACGCCGGAGCACAAAGGCGACAGACCGAAGGAUCAGAAACCGGAAGGUAGCGCGUUCGUGCCCAGUCACAAGCGUAGCGGAAGCAUCCCGCCGCGACUGAUCGAGGAGAGCCUGGAACUGGACCGGAAGAAGUCGUUGGACAUUUACAGUCAGAUCAAGACCAGCACCAAGAGCAUACUUCCGGGACUGAGCCCGAAGUUCGAGCUUCUGCAGAACGAAGUGAGUCCCAUCGAGGAAAAAGAGAGUUAA